AUAGACAGCAGCAGAGAGCGCCAAGCGCUUGAGUCGUUGUCAUGGAAACCAGAUAGAUUCUGAGCAGAUUGCUGCAAAACUAGAAUUAAAGUAUCAUCAAAUCAUCGUGCAAUGCAAUAAAAUAUCGUCCCUUCCCUGCAAUCGAUACCAGAUACGAUCCCAAGAAGGAUGAUAUUUAAUUUCAAAGAAAAAAAAAAAUCAGUGAUCCUAACAACUGAAACUGGGACAUUAUAAAUUUUUUUAGAGAAAUGAUGGGACACCGCGGCACACCUCGUAAAUCCGGGACCGACUUUUUGUCACUUAAGUUUUCUACCUGCUUUGCUUCUCUCCAUGAUAUACUGUAGGGAUUCCCUCCCCCUCUGUCUAGCUAGUGCAAUCGCCACCUAGUGGCAUAUUCAUGUUAAGGUGAUAGCGGGUUUAAAGGUUUAAAAACCUAUCGCAACAAAUUUUUUACGAUUAUUUUUAUUUUAUUUUAGUUUUUUCAGAGCCAUGAAAAUGUAUUUUAGUUUAGUUUCAGUUUUUCCAAUUAUGUUGAUUUUUAUUUUUAUUUCAGUUUACGAAAACCUUUUUUUACAUUUAGUUUUCUUUUCGUUUAGUGUAUGAUAGCAACCUUGGUCUGGUAGAGAGCUGCUCGUUCUUAAGCAGAGAGCUGUAACAAGGUUGUAGCCUUUGUUGCAAGACUCAGACACCUGAGGGGAGUUUUCACAAAGAAGUGAAUUCUGUUAGAAAGCCUUGUCUUUUGUGUGGAUAUCCAAGAUGGGAAAUAUCAGGGAACUCUGAUAACAGAGAGAGCCAUGAUUAUGUUGUGUAUGUAGACAUGUGUGUAUGUGUGUGUGUGUGUGUGUGUGUGUGUGUUCUGCCCCUCAGACAUGUAGCAGGUCACUUGGGUGAUGCUGAAUGUUCUUUUUUCCUUGCAGGAUGUUACAUAAGGCAGAUUUUUGGAAGGUGAAUGUGCGAGAAACCAAUUUCCACGUUCAUCGUAAAGUUUAAUUAUGGACAUACAUUUUAGCUAAAAGCUCAUUUUAAUUACGGGCCUGUAUAAUAUUAUGGUCAAAUCGAAAUUUGUAUUAUUGUGGUUUGUUUACAAAAAGGUCUUAAAGAAAUACUUCACCCAAAAAUGAAAGGGCUGUCUUUAUUUAAUCACCCUAAUGCCACUCAAAACCCAUAUGGCUUUCUUUCUUCUGUGGAACACAAAAGAUGAGUUUUUAUUUUUUAAUAAGUCUUCACAGGGUUUAUAUGUCCUAAUGUAUGUGAAUAGUGGCUUCAGUGUUUCAAGCUUGAAAAAGGCAAAAAAAAAAAAAAAAAAAAAAAAAAAAAAAAAAAAAACUACAUAGUAAUCGAUAUGACCCAUGCACUGCAUUCCAAGAGUCUUCUGAAGCCAUUCGAUUACUUUGUGCAAUGAGCUUUACAAAAUUUAAAUCGUUAUUCACUCAGAUCAAAUCAUAUUAAUAAAGUGCUUAAAUUAAAUACUGACGACACCAGUUACAUCAAACCUCAUUGGUUCUCAUUGCAUCUCAUGACCAAACAUGCAACAUAGAGUUAAUAAUGACAGCAUUUUAAUUUUUGGGUGAACUAUUUCUUUAAUAAUUGAUAUAAAGCAUUUGUUGACAUGUUCUGUUUUUGUACUGGGAUUUUGUCAGUUCUGACCUGAUUCAAUGUUAUGGCUUUCUUACUACGUGUAUGCCAUAUUUUGCACCAUUCACCCUCUUUACUGCCCUUGAGGUGUAAAAUACUGGCCAAAUGAAGGCCAGAUGUGUUUGUUUACUCUCCUUUAUAAACCCGAAGUGUUUACAAACUACAUACCAUAAUGACAUCAUUGCCUGUUCUAUUGUAGCCUGUGCUAUUGUUCAGUGCAUGCUAGGUCUGUCUCCAUCACGGAAAAGGUGAGAGGAGUCACACGCAGCAGCUUUUUCAUGCCUUUCUCUUUUUCUCUUUCCUGCCUCACAGACGCCAUCAAAAACAGGAUGUUAAUGCUAGACGGAAUGCCUGCAGUCCGAGUCAAAGCAGAACCUCUGGAAUCUGAGAGAGGGUCACCCAAAAUGCACAGUUACCCUGAUAUGGAGGCAGUGCCCCUCCUGCUCAGCAAAGUGAAGGCAGAGCCUCCAGAAGACUUUCUCUCUUCCGAGCAGUUCCAGACCCAGACAGAGCCAGUGGACCUGUCCAUCAACAAGACACGGACGUCAUCUCCUUUAUCCAACACCUCAGCCUUUUCUCCAUCCUCUUCUUCAUCAUCGUCAUCCUCACCUUCCGUCAUCACCUCCAUCUCCUCUGGAAUGCCCUCUGUGCUGACAUCUGGGCCCUUGGUGGGCUCUUCACAAGGAGUUAGGGGUCAGCAGUUUUUGCACAUUAUCCACCCUGUCCCCCCUUCAAGCCCUACUAAACUGGCCAGCCAGGUGCACCGCAUCCCUGUGGUAGUGCAGUCGCUGCCCCUUAUGUACACCACGGCUGUACGCUCCUCUUCCACCCUCAACUCCACUAUCAUGUUACCUCUCCUGGACGAGGCCAAGUACCAGAGCAAAGCACAAACUGACCCCAAUGGCCUGUCGCCAAGACAAAUCAAAAGUGACAGCGAUGAUGAUGACCUGCCAAACGUGACCUUGGACAGUGUUAAUGAAACAGGAUCCACAGCACUGUCUAUAGCCCGAGCAGUGCAGGAUUCCAUGUCACCAUUCAGUAUUGAGAGCAUUCGACGGCCACAGCCACCUGAAUCUCCAGACUCUAAGAAGAGACGUAUCCACAGGUGUGACUUUGCAGGCUGUAAUAAAGUUUAUACCAAGAGCUCCCACUUAAAGGCACACCGGAGGACGCACACAGGUGAGAAGCCAUACAAAUGCACCUGGGAUGGCUGCACAUGGAAGUUUGCCCGCUCAGACGAGUUGACACGGCAUUACCGUAAACACACAGGGGUCAAGCCCUUUAAGUGCGGGGACUGUGACCGAAGCUUCUCCCGCUCAGAUCACCUGGCCCUGCACCGCCGCAGACACAUGCUGGUCUGAACUGGGUUGUCUAGCCCACUCACAUAUCCUCACACACACACACACACACACACAUAUACACACACACAAGUGGGGAGCUGGGUCUCCCCAAAUAGUGUUCAGCUGGGCUGGACACAGACAUGACCAUGCCUGCUCCUGAGAAAGAAAGAGAGGAUAAAAAAAGGAACUGAGAUAAAGGAAUAUGUUAAUUUCCACACACCUGCAGAGCUAAACAGGGUCCAUUCAGGGAUGGAGGAGGCUAUUCUACAGGCUGCCUUUCAUCCUGAUGUUUGGAGUCCAGGAUGUUCAGAUUUCAACACUGCCUCAUGUCUACCUAAAAAAAUUAUUCACUUGGACAUAUAGUUUGUUUUCUGGUUUUCCUUUCUGAAUCUUUCUCGUGUUCUUUUCAAAUAUGGCUGCUUUUCAGUCAACAUCUACAAUGUGAAGAUAUGCAGAAUGGAAUGGCUGUACUUGUUAUUCUGGUCCAGGCCUAAUUUUGGCUCAGUUGUUCCUCGGGCAGAUGUUGGUCAGCUUCUCAUGGUGAUGAAUGAGGGACUGACCAUGAAUAGUGCUGUUGCACAGUUUUUAGCAUUUACCUUUGUGGAACAUCAAGAGCCAGGAACAUCCGAGAAGGAUCAAGGGGUUGUUCUUUUGAUGACCGAUUGGAGACUUUGGGCCAGUGAUUUCAAGGCGUGAGGAAAAAAGGUUGUCAUUUACCACAGAUCAACACACCAGCGAAUUAGUUUACAUAAAUUAACAUAUCGGAAUUUUUAUUUAUGGUCAUUGUAUCUUUUGUUCCCUCAAAUGUUGAUUUUGUGUUUAAAGGGAUAGUUCACCUAAAAAUGACAAUUCUUUUAUCAUAUACUCACUCUCAUGCCAUCCCAGAUGAACACAAACAAAGAUCUUUAGAAGAAUAUCUCAGCUCUGUAGGUCCAUAAAAUGCAAGUGAAUGGUGACCAAAACGUUAAAGCUCCAAAAGCACAUAAAGGCAGCAUAAAAGUAAGACUUCAUUGGUUAAAUACAUGUCUUCUGAAGCAAUAUGAUAUGUAUGGGUGAGAAACAGAUCAAUAUUUAAGUCCUUGUUUACUAUAAUUGUCCUCCCUGCCCAGUAGGUGGCGAUAUGCACAAAGAAUAUGAAUCGCCAAAAACAAAAGUAAGUGAAAGUCGAGAUUUAUAGUAAAAAAUAACUUAAAUAUUGAUCUGUUCUAUAUCACAUCAUUUCAGAAGAUAUGGAUUAAACCACUGGAGAGUCAUAUGGAUUAUUUUUAUGCUGCCUAUAUUUACUUUUUAGACCUUCAAAGUUCUGACCACCAUUCACUUGCAUUGUAUGGACCUACAGAGCUGAAAUAUUCUUGUAAAAAUCAUUGUUUGUAUUUAGAAGAAGAAAGAAAGUCACACAUAUGGGAUGGCAUGAGGGUCAGCAAAUGAUGAGUGAAUUUUAACUGAAAAAUGUUUACAUUAAUUGAAUUUAAUCCCUGUAUAAAACAGAUAAACAGAAAGACAGUGGACAACAUCCCUACUAAAAAGACCAGCUCAGACCAGCAUCAUUUCCAUCAUGGUCCAGUCAUGUUUAUACUGGUUUGGUGCUGGUCUAGUUUGGGGACCAGCAUAGCCUGCUAUUCUCCUUAGCAAAACUUAGUUAGUAAAGCUGGUUGACAAGAAAGUCUUGUUGGUUUAGUGAACUAAGAAGCCUGGUGGAGACAAAAAAAAAUGCAACAUAUCCUGGUGAUCAGCUAAGACCCCCCCCCCCCCCCCCCCCCACACACACACACACACACACACACACAGCAGGGAUAUAUGCCAGUGUGCAAAUUGCUCUCCACAUUAAUGUCACCAUAUUAAAGGUGCUAUAAGUGAUUUUUUUUUUUUAAAUGGUUUGCAGAAAAUGUACCUUCUCCUUGAAAGAUAUCACUGAAAUAAGUGUCCUGAAAUAUCUCACCAGUCUUUAUGAAAGAUCAAGAGUCUAGAAAAAAAAAAAAAUAAUAAUAAUAUAUAUAUAUAUAUAUGGCUGCGGACAUAUUUUUCGAUCAGCCAAUCAGAAGACUUUGAUGUGCUUUCUGCCUGUCAGUCAUUUUGCACAUUCUCAUAGUGUAGUAGUUGAAGCAGAAUAUUCAGGUUUACUGUCAUAUUCAGAUUCAUCAUAGUUAUAGCAACUAUUUUGCUACUGAUGUGUCUGACAACUGCGAGAAGGCACACUGUUUGCUGACAGUCUCAGCGCUAUCUUUGGAGGAUGGUGUUUUGGAAAGAGGGGUAUGUCUACUAUAACGGCACAUAAAGGCUUAAGUUCCAGAAUGGCUAAAAUCACUUACAGCACCUUUAACUGACUAAUUAGGGUAGUAUCAGUAAAUCUGGAUAAUGAGGGUCUACUCAGACAGGUAAAUCAAAACAGAUGAGCAGUAUAGUUGUUCUGAGCACCUGGGGAGAACUAGUCUGGUUCUUUCUCUUGUUCUUAAAUCAGGUGGCUUUGAAACAUGGACACAACUUUGGAUUUCUAACAGUGCCCCUUUGUUUUCUAUAAUUCAGAGACCUCUUUUAUUUAUAGUGGAUUUCUAGCUACCACAUUUUAGAGGUCAAGUAGUAUCUCAAAACUUUGUAGAAUACCAGAGGAAGUCUCUAGAAGGUUUUCUCUGAUUUCCUUUCUUUGUGAGAUUGCUUGUGGACCAUGAAGCUUUGAACCACUCAGUUGUGAGUGUCAAUGAUUAGUACAACAGCUUCACAAAAAUGAGCGAUACUGGCUUUGUCCUUUACUCGCUAUUUACCGAGAAUCCAGAGCUGUAUAGCAUUUUACUGAAUGUCCCAUGUGAAGAAUUGUCUCUCUUAUUAAUAUCUAUAUAAAUACACUACACAAACCAAGAUGAUCAAAAGAAGCAAUACAACCUAGUUGUGAAUACAAAAAAUUAUUUUGCAUACGGUACCUAAAUAAAGCCACCUAAGGUAUAGGCUUUCAACUGUCUAUGUUGACAUGGAUUCUAAUAGAGCUGUCAGAAAAGCUGCCUUCUGCCUUUGUGAUCCAUAUGCACUUUCAAGUGGCCACAAAAAGCCACCAUGAUUGCUUCACAAAUGAUUAAAUUUACCAGAAUUUAAAUUCUGAAUGGACACUUUGCAGUCUGCCUGUACAUGCAUGGGUGAUCAAAUAUGCUGACUAGAUCUACAAUCAAUCACACAGUUGUGAAAAAAAAGUAAAUGAAAUUCAAACGUUGUGAAAUGCUGUAAAAGGAAACAUAAAGGAAGAGAAAGAUUCUUAGGAACAAUUUGUCCAUAAGAGAGAUAACAUGACCAAUCUGUUUCUAGCCUUUUUUUUUUAUUUUAUUUAUAUAUAUAUAUAUAUAUAUAUAUAUAUAUAUAUAUAUAUAUAUAUAUAUGUUCUGAAGUAUUAUGAUCUACCAUGUUUUAAGUUCUACAGUAUGUAUUUGUGUACACGUGUGUAUUCUGUUGUAAAUGGGGUUGAACAUAACAUGAGCACCUUGUUUUUAUGAAGAAUGAAAGUAAUUAUUUGAAUAUAAACAUGACAUUAAUCACCAAUGUAUUUUAUCAUCAUAUUCUGUAUUUUUGAGGUGUGUCUGUAAUGUUGGGCACUUCAUCCGCAUAUGACUAUUUUCUGUACAAAAAAUACAUUUAAAAAUGUUGUAAUAUAUGUGAAAGUGAAAGGAUAUUGCUUUGUUUUACAGGCUGUAAAUACCUAUUAAAAUAGGUCUUUUUUUAAAUACGAGGGAUUAUCUUUAUACAUAUGCAGAUUUUUCAGAGACGUUCAUUUAGCUAAUAUAAUAGUGUUCAACCAUGCUAUGUGUGAGAAUGCUGAAGGCUCUCCGUCAUCUUAAACGCAAAUGCAUAGUUGCGUGCAGUUUAUUUGAACAAUCAAAUAAAAUGUUCAGCACAGUAUUCAGGCGGUGAUGCCUCUUUAUAGUAUAUAUAGACAGUCAUUUUUCAAUGUUUUUAUACUGACUCUAUGAAAUGUGAAUAAAAUGAAAAUAACACGCUCCCAGCUCAGUAUUCAGGGGUCAUCAUCAGCAAAAGAAUUCCAAAUUUAGUCAUUAUUGUUACACCAAUACGUUUUCUGCUCUGUAAAACGGGGAAAAAAAGAGCUGGGUUGUUUUAUUAACCCAUUUUGCAUUACUUUCCUUACCCUGUGGCAUUCUCACAUUUUUUGUGGCAUAAUUUUGUAAAGGCAAACAGGGUCAAAGUUAUGCAAUAAUAACGAGUGCCUAGUAUUAUUAAGAUUAUCACAUACAUGAAGUGUAUGCACAGAUAUUACAAACAAAAUGUGUUCUAGAAAGGAGUGCUGCUCAAGUUGCAAGGUUUCUCUGGUUUAAACACCCAGACUCAACAUAGUAAAACACAAUUCUAUUCCUUUGAAAUGCACUGAGCCUUAUGAACCAUUUUGAACCAUUUUGUGACAUCAGAAGGUGAAGCUGUGAAAUUAUCCAUUUAGUGUUUGUGUCUCCUAUGGAAGCUGCAUAAGAUUUGUAUGGUAUUAUUCACCUAUGGAAGGACACAUUUGCUUAAUUGUCAGACCUCUUAAACUUUUUCUGCAGUUUCAGUCAACUCCAAUCUUGGUAAUACAUCAGUCACAGGGAAUAUUCUUAAUGUUAAGACACUGGUGGUACAGCGUAGUCCUUUGGCAAUUCCUCUGUGAACAGCGUUUCCCCCUCAAGUCUCUGUAAAAUAUUGCCUUUGUUUCAAUGUAUAUUAAAUUUGCUUUACUUUAGUUGGAUUCAAAAUAUUUACUCUAUUGAUUUUGUUUCUUGUUUUACUGAUAAUCUGUAAUUAUCUUUCAUGUGUUCAUGUAUAGUGUGUGUAUUGUAAAUAUAUUCAGAGAUUUUUUGGUUUUACUGUAAAAUUGUGAUAUUUUUUCCUUGCUACACUUCAAAGGGAGUCCCUUCACAUUAAAUCCUUUUGGAGGAUGUCUCGUCCCAAUCGUUUCAAAGGUUGAAAGUGUUUUCAGCUGUCUAAAUAUUCUGUGGAUUUAGCUAUUCUCUGUAUUUUCUUUUUUUUGCAGAAGAUUGAGCUGUGAAUUGAAAUUGAGGUUACACAUUAUAUUUGUUUGAUAAUCUAAUCGGAGGCAUGGAAGUUAAUAAACUUGCAUUUUGUAUGGAGCACAA